AUGCCGUAUCUAGUUCAACCACCCGCGCAGUCCAUCGACGCCUACAACCCGCUGUUGACCUACACGCUCGCGGACCCCCUCCCCGCCGAGAUAAGCAUACUCAAAGACCUUCAGAAAUGGGGCUGGCAAAUCUCCGUGCAUUUCGAGGACGAAAAAAUUUAUAUCGAUGCCGCAAGAGAGACCGAGAAAGCAAUAAAGAAGAUGAGGCGCAGAACGCAGAUGAUAUAUGGCGACGUGGUGGGGGACAGUCCGAGGUUGACUCUAGAGGAAAUGUGGCAAAGGGAGGCGACUAAGAAGGAGGAGGAAAGACAAUACGACACCAAGGAGAAGGAGGAAGUUAACGAUGCAGCAAGCAUGAUGUCGCGGAUGACAGAGCAGAGAGCUUGGGUGCGUUGGGCUGAUGAGGAGGCUGGGUUGGAGCCGGAGAGUCCUAACGUAGAUAAAACCACCGAUGAACAGUCCUACCCGUCGCACGCUCUGAGUUUAGAAGACUAUGAGGAUUCAGUCAUCGACGUUUACGAAGGGCCUGCUGGCAGCCCCAGGGCCAGUGCAGACGCAACCGCACCAGAUGAGCAACAAACCACCGCUCGAUCAGAGAGCUCCUUUAGCCCUUAUCAACGCACCACCCCCACGCAAUCUGUUCCGAACAUUCACCUGCAAGAGUAUUCCUCUACUUUUCUUCAACCUGAACCACGUAACAUAUCGCCCGCCUUUUCUACUACCUCCAGUCUUAUCUUCCCUGGCCGUGAGAUAACCCCCGAAGCCUACUUCCAGCGCACGAACCGACCCCGGAAGAAUCUACAGCCCCGCCAGCUCACACCUCCACCAGGACUGGAGCCAGAAAACGAUCCCUACAUGUGGCUAGCGUGGCAUCGCGGCCUUAGAAGGCAGCAGGACAAGACUGAUCGUGUGCUGGGCAAAGACAGCAUACAUAGAUCAGAUAGCGGUAAUGCUAGUUGGUAUGAUGGGUUCCAGAAGAUGAUGAAGGAGAAGGAAGCAAAGGUGGCCAAGGAAGAGAAGAAGGCUGAGAAGAAGGCGAGGAAGCAGAGGGAGAAAGAGGAGAAGGAAGAGCGGAUACGCAAGGAGAAUAGGGAAAAGGAAGAGCGGAUACGCAGAGAGAAUGAGCAACCCGAAGACAUCCUACGAGACCUGAUCAUAACAACGGACGGCCAAGCCGAGGAGCCGUACUCCUAUCACAAUUGGGGCUACACCAUCUACCGCACAUGCUACACGCCAGAAUCUCAAUCGCAAUGGGAAUCUCUAAUCGAAUCCAUCCAGCUAGGGGUCGAAAAAUCCCUCCCUGGGUCGCAAAACGAUGAGCCACCAACUACUUCUCAACUCCUACGCUCUCUCUUACAUCUAGACUUCCGCUCCGAUGCUUCCCUGUACGAUGGUCUUACUGUCGAACAGCUUCGUCAGACAUAUCUCCAUCCAGCAGAAGAUUCUGCACCCCCAUCACCGAACUUCUACAGAAGCGAGCGUCUCUUCCUUGUCGCCGACGCAGACGUUUUGCUGGAUCCCUAUUUUCUGCCGAAAGAGAACGAGACAGCAAAAAUGUCCAAUACUGACAAUGUUGGAAUUGCUACAAGCGACAUUGCAACCACGCAGAGUGUGCAGAAAUGGCAAUAUCAACACCAUGGCUACAGCAAAUCCUCCAGUACCAAGCGACGAUGGCUCAAGUGUGUCGAGGUGGACUACGUUGCUGCGGAUCAUCAUCCAAGGAGAAGAGGUCAGGGUCUCGGGGACCGUUACUUUGGCUGGUUCAUGAUGACGGCGGAAAGUGUGGUGGAGCUGUGGGAGGUGUUGCUUGAUCAAGACGUCGAGGAGAUUAAACCUAGGUUGGUUGAUGUGAUGAUUUGGGGAGGGUAUUGA